CACAGUUACUGUUUUUUGGAACACUGUUGCGUUUGAUUAAGCGCGCGGAUAUUAAAACCAUUUGCUGCUUUCGUUAUGUCUUUGGAGUCGUCAAUUAUCAAGAGUCGCAAUCGCAAAUUAACCGCUGAUCUUAAGAAAUCAUGCAAAUCGGAUCGAGUUUCGAGCCCACAGACCCGAGUGUGCCACUCUGCAAUUUUCAAUGACUCCCAAGGUCUUGCCGAACAAAUACUGUCUCACUUGGGUUCUUCAUCUCUUGAGUCGCCAAAAGGUUCGCACGAGGUGGCACAUCGCCUAAGUUUGUCGCUGUCAUAUCGACCACCGGUUUUUCACCGUCGAACCUCUACGGAUCACCGCUGCCGCCGUCGACGCACAGCACAGUUGUAUUCUACGUCCGGUUCUGAUGUCUUGACUCCGCCAACGGGACCAGCGGAUGCUUUAUCGGUAGAUUCACUUACGCCCUCUUCUUGGACAUCCGGUCGCGUGAGCCAGUUAGCCGGUCGUGUAAAGUCACUAUUGAUCCAGGUUCCGGACCCAAGUGCUUCUUUCAACGCAAUCCAAAAUUCGAACCUGAAAGCACUUUCCGGGCUGGAUAGCGUUCUGAAAAAGGAUGCAACUUUCGACUAUAAUACAGGUUGUUUUCCUGAUAAUAUCACACACUCGCAUUCUUCUAAGCGCUCUCCGUGGUAUCGUCAUUGUCGACCGGGCGCUCCUGAGCCCCCUGUCACCCCAACUUGCCGCCAAUGUGUCGGUGCCCUGAAGAAUGCCUCCAUCGAACCUGCUGAUUCUACAGACCUAAUCAAACACACGUAUCCUAACGAUUCUCACCGAGCAAACGCAACCGGCAAACUGGAUUUAUCCGCCUUGGAAAUGGACUCGGAUCAAGAAAACCGUUACUGGUCUCCCGAAUUCUUCUUGCCAUCUCCUCCACCCCUUGGUGACGCCCUGGUGGGGUUUGGAGACCGGCCAUUUCCAUCUCCGCCUCUGAUAGCAGAUUAUUCUGAACCUAGUGCACGACAACCUCCUACGAUCAAGCUUAAUCUGGUUCCUCUGGCACCCAUUAGUAACCUCUCACAGAGGUCAUUAGCCUUUGAAACUCGACACCCAAAGUGGUUGGUCGGUUGCCGAAACUCCACACGUGGCUCCCACAGGUUUACUUCUUUAACUCGGGAAAGCACUAGGAUCGCGGACGAAUCGGACUCCGACUCACCUGCCUCGCUUGUCUCAUCUCCUCCACCCAAGAUAGUGGAACACUUGCCUUCUCUGCACGAAUCCAGCUGGCUCAUUCGCCCUGAAGCCCCUGUAGACAAAACCGAGUCUGCGAUUUUCACCACAGCUAUCGAUUUGCCCUCUGCAACUACCGCAGCUUAUCAACCUGAGCGUGGCACUCCGGACGGAGCAGAGCAACACCAGACUGAACAGUGGGAACCUAGUAUUGGAAAGGAGAGUCGAAACUCAAAAGUAGUUCUACCCGCUGCUUCCAAACGGGUCCCUGUCUCGAGGCCAACUGUGUUCUACUAUUCACCCAAAAAGAGUCGCACUCAUUCCCUCGUUCCUAGCGAGCACAGCGCAUUCCUACCAGUUGGCUCCACACAUGCACGAGUCUCCUCGCCGUGUAUCCACUGAGGUGCGUGCGUUUUAUCAACAUCUACUCAGGGAUCUGGUCAAUUCACAUUUGUGUGUGUGUGUGUGUGUGUGUGUGUGUGCGCACGUGUGUGCACAUGCCUUACGCAAUUUUGCAGUAGCCGAUUGAGCCACAUUGUGCUUACUCUCAUGUCUUUCAUGCCCUUAGGCACAGUUUGUUUACACUUCCAUUUUGCAUUGUCCUUGUCAUACAAACGGUGUUUAUGUUGUAACCUCUGACAAUAUUCCCGGGUUGCAUUGGCAGUUCCAAUUUGCGGUCAUCAAAUACAUCGUUUUUGAUUUCGU